AUAAUGUUACCCUAGAUAAAAUAACUGUAAUACUUUCUUCUAGUAGAAAUUUCUGCAAUAAUUAAUGCCCACGAACCGUCUUGAAUGAGCCCUUGAAAAUUUACCUAAGAUGCAGAUUUUGAUAUAAUUAAAGUAAUAUGAAUCAUUUCUUGAAGGGUUCCAAUUAAAACAGACUCUCUAGAAAAGAAAGCUGCAGAGUGCAGAUCUCUUUUACACAUAUGUUCCAUUGAGCAUACAGGCAACACACGUGCCAGCUGCUCGCUGACGUCUGUCUCGUGACCUGCACCUUUCAUCCGAACCAGAUUUCAACUAUGCAUCCAUGUUGUCUAUGUUUCAAACAAUACCUGAUGUCAAAGAAAAGAUGUCGAUUCAGUUCAACCUGGCACCCCAGACGUUUCCCAACUUCAGGCUUCGACAACAGAAGAGAAAAACGAACGCUUAACAAUGAAAUGGCUAUCAAAUGCUAUAUCCGAACUGAGGACAGAGAUUGGGGAAGUACAAGCCGCUGUCAACUCUACUGUAAUCCUUCAAAACCACGAGCAACUGGAUACCGAAUUGAGUUUGUUGAGGAGCGACGUCAGCAAUCUUAACAGUCAAUUAGAAUUGGCCAAGAACAAGAACGAGAACUACGAGGCGAAGCUGCAGAUGCUCCAAGUGGAGAUAGGAAGUCUGAGAGAAUUCAAUAGGGCAACAGCCACGAGCUGCGGCAAACUGAAGCAUCAGAUGAAAGCUAUGCAGCUAGAAUCUGCCCGAAACCUAAAAACGCUUCAGGACAUCCGCAGCAACGAACAAUAUUCACAAAUAUCCGAGGAUCGACCGUAUCGACAUCAAAGAAUUCUGAAGAAACACAUCAUACAACUGGAAAAGUCAUCGAAAGAACUAUUCAAAGAGAACCAUCAUAUAAAAAGCAAGUUAUCGAGUCUCGAACAGAAUAUUCUCAUCUUACAAGAGCAUUCUGAGAAGUCGCUCAACAGAUUUGACUCGAUAAAUGGAAACGAAAUUGAAAACUACAUCGAAAAUAAUAGGAUGCAUCAGAGCAAAGACAAAUCAGAUGAACGGUUGGCCAAUCUGACAAGUCAGAUGAACGAACAUUCGGAGAGUAUAGCCAACUUAACCAGACAUAUGACGGAUUUCGACAAAUUGCAUUUAUCGUUGCUUGAACUGUUGGAAAACGUGGAAAGUAUCGAAUUCAAAGUGGACAAUAACUUUCCAGAUAUGCGUAAGGAGAUCUCGAAGGUGGAAGUUCAAGUGAAUGAAGUGAAAGCUGAGUUGAGUGAACUCAAGGAGGAAAUGUCAAAUUCGAGGAGCUCCAUGAAAGCGAUUGGGCUCAGUGUAUCAAAUCUACAAGAUAGGAAUGCGGAGGAUCAUCGGUCCUUGAAGGAAGUUGACUUCAGAGUUCAGAAUUUAAUCAGAUCCAACAAUCUGCAGAAUUCUAAACUCCACGACCACAUUUUGAAGGCUGAAUCUGCCAGCAUCGAUUUGAAUGCAACCAAGUCGACCAUACAUCUUGUUGAAGAACUCAAGUCAUUCGAGCAAGAAUACAAGGACAUUGUCAACAAGUUACCUUCUGACUGUAGCUCCGUGUCUGGUCCUAAUGGUAUAUACCUCAUUUCACCAAGCGAUGGUGAACCCAUUUUGGCCUACUGUGAGGAUGGCUGGACAAUCAUUCAAAGGCGUUACGAUGGUUCGGUGGAUUUCAAUAAGAACUGGAACGACUAUUCUAAUGGUUUUGGAUCAGCGACAAGCGAACAUUGGAUUGGAAACAGAAACAUCCAUCACUUAACGAGGGCAAAUUGCUCCAGACUUCAGAUAAAUAUGAAAGACAUCUACGGAAAAUACUGGCAAGCCAACUAUGACGAUUUCAAAGUUUUGGAUUAUUCCAAUGGUUUCAAAUUGAUCGUGAACAAAUAUCAUGGCAACGCUAGUGACGCUUUGGAUUACCAGAAUAACAUGGAAUUUUCGACAGUGGAUAAUGAUAGGGAUAUCUCCAACACUCAUUGCGCUAGUAAUUAUGAAGGAGGGUGGUGGUUCUCACAUUGUCAGCACGCUAAUCUCAAUGGAAGAUAUAAUUUGGGUCUAACAUGGUUUGACAGUUCUAGGAACGAGUGGAUCGCCAUAUCCAAUAGUGAAAUGAGGGUGAGAAAAAGGGCAGUAUGCUGAGUCUCAGAGAAAAUGUAAGCCGUCUAGAGAAAUAUCUUGGCAGAUACAGCCAUGCUAUCGUAGAUGAUGACACCACCCACAAGUUUGAAAAAAAAAAUAAAUACAUAUAUAUACAUAAUAUAUAUAUGGGCAUA